AUGAGACUUCGGCUCGCGUUUCUUCAGGGUGUUUCUGUGGAUCACUGGCAGAAGGGCCGUGUGCUUACCGUGCAAGCCCCUACCAUCGCGGAGGACACUACCAAGGUCAUUGCCGCUCAUAUGGUCAGCUUUCUGUGUCGCAGUGCUGGAAUGAUGUGGUUCAAGAGGAGGGCUUUCGUGAUGGUCAUGAUGCAAAGCACGGACUGGACAUUCAGCAUGAAGAACAGUGUCGUUCGAAGGGACUUCGAGAACGACGUGGCGGGCACGGAGGUCUUUCUUUGUGUCGUGACAGAUACUCGGGCGGAAUCCAUGUAUCAAGUGCGCAAGAUUGCGGCAAUUCUUGGAAGGCACGAUCUACUGCAUGGCUUCAUGAUAGCGCUUGUUGGCAAAGCCCCUUCGAACUUGGAUCAGGACCUACACUUCAAAGUCGCUCACGCGAACUCUGACUCUGACCUUCCCGCCGUCGAGGUAUGCGUUCUGUCGUAUGAACGCAAGGAGUUCGACCAGUUCGAGACGAGAGCACGUGAAGCAACCUGCGUGGAGGACUGGGAAAAGGAGACUUUGAACUUUAUGCGUAUGACUUACCUCAGCCCCUCCAUCGCCACCUGCCCACGGUAUCGAACAUUUCCGCUCGCGCUUGUGUUCCAUUGCUCGAUCCUACAACUCCACAUUCCCUCCUCACUCACUGCCGCAAAUCUGGGGAGAACUGCCGCAAAUUCACGACGAUAUUCGGGAGCCCAUGGAUACGAUCAGCGCCGAAGCAUCCUCCCAGCUCAUGGCUCUUCUGGACCAGGCGGCUCGCCCGCUGGGGAUGCGUAUUCUCGCCCGUCGUCGGGGAUGGGAGAAGCAAUUGUUGAUGAGUCGUUGUCUCAUUACAUCUGA